AUUUCACCCAUGUGUAAAAUAUAACUCGUUUUUAAUUACGUAGUAUAUUGCUCCUGAACCCAAAAAAUAUUCCAGAUGAGCCGGCUCCUUUGUAAAAUACUUCGUAGCUAUCAAAUUCAAAUCAUUGAUGAUUGACAGUUCAAAAGCCAUACAACAAGAACAUCAAAUGACUCGUGGGUCUUAAAGAAAACGUAGAGAUUAAUUUUGACAGAAAUGACAACACCUAGUUAUGACUCGGAUUCCAAUAGCUCAUCAUCUAGCGAUGAUUCACUACCGUUAUCUACACAAAUGCUCAAUCAAAGGAGGGACGGUGACAUUUUUGCGGAAAUGAACAUUGAUAUAGUGGAGACAUGUGCAGUUCACAUCCCAUUGAUAAUGUCUCCUACGUUAAUAUGUAGCAAAGGUCCUCAUGGCGGUUCAGUAAGUGAUAGACGAUAUAUAAAUCGUGAUAGGAAAGAACGCCAUGAUCUAAUUGUCAAUGAUUAUUUCAAUGGUGAGAACUCAAAAUAUACACCCGAGAAAUUUCGUCGACGAUUUCGGAUGGACAUUGAAUUAUUCGAACGAAUUUUGAGAGCAAUUGAGGCCUAUGACGAUUAUUUUACACAAAAGGUUGACGCGGUUGGAAAACCUGGGUUAAGUCCUUUACAAAAAAUCAUAGCUUCAAUACGUAUGUUAGCAUAUGGUUCUGCAGCGGAUAUUCUUGACGAGUAUGUCCAAAUUGGAGAGAGCACGACAAUUGAGAGCUUGAAACGAUUCUGCGAUGCUAUAAUUGGCAUUUUUGAAAAGCAAUAUUUACGAAAACCGGACAAAGAUGAUGUUGCAAAACUUUUGAAAUAGGGAGAAGACCGUGGAUUUCCAGGUAUGCUUGGUAGUUUAGAUUGUAUGCAUUGGCAUUGGAAAAACUGUCCAACGGCUUGGCACGGGACACAUACUAACGGUUUCAAAAGAGUUCCAACUCUUAUUUUGGAAAUUGUAGCUUCUAAAAAUUUGUGGAUUUGGCAUGCAUUUUUUGGAAUGGCCGGUACAAAUAAUGAUGUUAAUGUUUUAGAUAGAUCUCCCUUAUUUGAUGACCUUGUUAAUGAUAGAGCACCAUUGUGCAAUUAUGUAGUGAAUGAUCAUCAUUACAAUAUGGGCUACUACUUAUCAGAUGGGAUUUAUCCGGAAUAUGCCACUUUAAUCCAAACUAUCUCAAAUCCAUCUUCUCUCAAGGAAAAAUUAUUUGCAAGGCAUCAAGAGUCUGUAAGAAAAGAUGUAGAACGAGCAUUCGGAGUACUGCAAAGUCGGUGGCAUAUUAUCAAAGGUCCAGCACGUAUGUGGAACCAAAAGGAUUUAGGAAAGAUUAUGAAAACAUGUAUCAUUUUACAUAACAUGAUUAUUGAAAGUGAGAACAGUCAAGGCAUUGAUCCUCAAAGUUGGCAAUCCGAGGGAGAAGAUACAAGUGACAAUGUUGUUCCGGAUCAUGAUUUUACCUUUCUUUUUUCAAAGAUGAAAACUCGAAUGAAGGAGAUACAAAAUAAAAGAUUGCACCGAGAGUUAAAGAAUGAUCUCAUAAAUCAUUUGUGGGAGUUACAUGGCGGCCAACAAGUUGAUUGAUCUCUUAUGUAAUAAUACUAUGUUGGAGCAUUUAUUUUAUUGUUCUUUUCAUGUGUAGUUCAUUGAAUUUUGACUAUUAA